AGGUUUGUUUAGGGAAGGAAGGGGAGGGUGUGCUCGCUUCAGCAGCAGCGUCCCCGCCUCUCGGUCCUCCCCUCAGCUGGAGAGAAGGCGGGCUGUCGACCGGCCAGGAGAAGCGGAUAGGGCUGCUUCUGCUGGCGUUGCUGCCAAGGCUGGGCUGGUGAGAUGGAGGGGGCGCUGGACAAUGCUUGCUGUCUCAGUGGCAACGGGACCUUCUCUGCAGAAGGAGGCUCCUACCCGCGGUGGCCCUAUUAAUAAGGGGCAGCGUGAGGGGCCGUCUCAGGCAAGUGGGCUUUGGGUGCUCUUGGGGCGGCUGACAAGACUACCGCUCUUCAUUCCAGCGAGGCGUGCUCAGGAUUUUCCAGCAUAAGGACAACAAAGCCGCUGCCUGCUCUUGAAAACUGCAUUUGAAGGGCUGAGAGAAGGAGGGAGAGUUUGCUGCAUUCAGGAAAUGAAGCAGGAACCUGAUUGAAAACGGCACACACAAAAGGCAGUUAAGCUAAAAAGAAGCUGUGUGACAAGAGCCCUGCGCAUCUGUAAUUAUCCAGCCGGACUGCAAAGCUGCCUGCCACGCAUUACAGCACUCCAGGCCAUCUCCACAGUGUGGAGAAAUGGCACUCCGGACUGUGCUAGAGACUGUAGAAAGUGGGGAGCAAGAUACUGUCCUCAAGAUGCUGCAGAUCUACAACCGGGAGAAAUCACAAUGUUUCACCUUUGAAGAUGAGGAACAAGAAGAAAGGAGGAAACUGGCUGGGCUUCUGAUUAAAUUCCUGGAGCGGGUGCUCCAGCCGUCCUGCCAGGUUGCAUGUUUGGAAAGCAUACGAAUCCUGUCCCGUGACAAAAGUUGCCUUGGCCCAUUCACAACCAUGGAAGCCCUGAAGACGCUAGCCAGACAUGCUGGGAUUGAUUAUACAGAAGAGCAGAUUCUAGAGGUCCCUGACCUGGAAGUGAUCCUGGAAGGACUCAAGUGUCUGUUCAACAUUGUGUUCAGCAGCCCCCGGGCUCAGGAGCUGGCCUCUGAAGCCCGAUUCAUAGUGGGCCUCACAGAUCGCAUCAAACUCUACAAUACAAUGAAUCUCCCCCACGAUAUAAAAUUUUUUGACUUACGUCUUCUCUUCUUGCUGACUGCACUAAGGGUGGACAUCCGGCAGCAGCUUGCACAGGAACUCCGGGGUGUCGGUCUAAUGACAGAUACCUUGGAACUUACCCUGGGAGUGAAGUGGCUAGACCCUCAUGAAGUAGGUGCUGAGGGAGGUUCUUCUGAAUCUUUACCUCGUCCGGAGGCAGAGUGUGCCAUGGAGAUCUUGAAGGUGCUCUUCAAUAUCACUUUUGAUACCAACAAGAGGGAGGUAGAUGAGGAAGAUGCUGCUCUGUACCGACGCCUGGGUGCCCUCCUCCGUCACUGCCUGAUGAUUUCAGCAGAUGGUGAGGAUCGCACAGAAGAAUUUCACAGCCACACAGUCAACCUCCUGGGCAAUCUGCCUCUCAGGUGUUUGGAUGUCCUGCUGGCCCCCAAGGUGCAUCCGGGCUCACUUGAACAUAUGGGAGUCAACAUGGAUGCUGUCAAUGUUCUGCUGGAUUUCCUUGACAGACGUCUUGACAGGGGUCACAAACUUAAGGAGAGCCUGACCCCUGUGCUGAACUUGCUUACUGAGAGUGCUCGGGCCCAUCGGCAAACAAGGAAAUUCCUUAAAGCUAAGGUACUUCCUCCACUGCGGGAUGUGAAAAAUAGACCAGAGGUGGGGAACUUGUUGAGAAAUAAGCUUGUGCGCCUCAUGACUCACAUUGACACUGAUGUGAAGCACUGUGCCGCAGAGUUCCUCUUUGUUCUCUGCAAAGAGAGCGUAUCACGGUUUGUGAAGUACACAGGAUAUGGGAAUGCUGCUGGGCUCCUGGCAGCACGAGGCCUAAUAGCUGGAGGCCGGACAGAAGGUGAAUACUCAGAGGAUGAAGACACUGAUACGGAGGAAUACAAGGAAGCAAAACCCAACAUUAAUCCUAUAACUGGACGGGUGGAGGAGAAACUUCCCAACCCAAUGGAAGGGAUGACAGAUGAGCAGAAGGAGUUUGAAGCAAUGAAACUGGUGAACAUGUUUGACAAACUCUCAAGGCAGCAAGUCAUCCAGCCAAUGGGAAUGGGUCCAGAUGGCAAUCUAACCUCUCUCAAUUUAACUUCCCUGGAGGAUGCUAUUCAUCAGAUAGCUGAGGAGAGGUUAUCAUCUGACUCUGACUUAGAAUUGGAUUGAAUCAACUUUUCUGGUUCUUCAAAAACCUAUGGACCCUCUAUUCUCCCUCCAUAACAGGUGCUAUAUCAGGAGACCAGUCCCAGGAAAACUCUCCAUGGGCUGGACCCCCAUUGCCCAGAUUGGUAUAUCAUCUUCUCUAGCCCUUUAACACUCCCACUCUAGAGAGCUCUUUACAGCUUAGCUCUCUCGAUCUCUUUCCCCCUCUAUGUCCACAAUAGUCUCCCACUGACUGAUUCCAAGGAUUCUCCAGCACAAGCUUUAUGAAGUUUGGAAAGUAGGGAGAAGAGAGGGCAAUCUCUUAUUAUAUCAAGAGGAUUUAGUAGCACAUGGAGUGUUGUGAGGACACAUGCAGUUACUUGUAUAGGAAGAAAGUGUGGUAUACACAGCUGAUAUGUGUGUGUCCACAGCUGGAAUACGUGUUGGUACUUGUGCCAAGCACAUAAUGUAGCAACCAUAUAGUGUGGUAGUGUUUAAAACACACGGAUGUUCUUGGCAAAUGUGUUUGCAUAAGAUAUGACUUGUUCAUAUUUUAGGCAUGCGUGAACAAUGAGAAGCCUGCAUUUUACAUGUGAAAGGUAGGACUGUGUACUGCUGGAGGUAUACAUGUGGGAUGUGUGUGGUAAUCACACAUUUUAAAGCACAAUGGAAAUAUUCAGGUAAGAAAAUGUGUGCAUUGUUGAAAUAGUAUGUAUAUGUGGGACACGUAUCCAGAGACAUGGGAUAAUGUGAGCAACUCAAGACAUCCUUUGCUCACAAUGGCAUUAAUGUUGAUAUUUGCAGAUAAUGUGGGGCCAGGAGGGCUCUGAUCCCUAUAUAGCCUGACACUGUAAUGUGUUCUUCUCUACAAUGUUUAGUUUCUGGAUUAAUCUCACUCUUUGCGCUCUUCAAACAAAAGGCAGUGACCAAUUACUUAAGCUCACUCUAAAAUUAUCUGCUUCAGUUCCCAUAUUUCCUUAGCACUUCGCACUCACAGGUUGUUGUCAGGUACUGUCAUCCUGAUUAUAGACUUUUCUAUUCAAAAAAGCAGUCCUAUCUUCCACCUUCUUUUCACUUUGCCAACAGUUUCUGAUCUUAGCACAAAUAUAAAUGAUUUUCACUAGAAUAAAUGAAGCCUUCUGAUAACAAUGUGUCUAUAUCUGAUUAUAUGGGUUACUGUAUGUAAGCAAUUAGAAAUUAUAUUUCUAGGGAAUCUGCAUGUAACCGUGGCCAAACUGGGAAGGGUCCAGUUAUACUGAAGCACAAUAUAGUGUGGAUGAGCCAAGGAUUAAACAUUCUAUGCCUGCAACAAACUGAACUUCAUUGAAGGGAUUUGUUUAUAAGAGUUAAUCUGUAAGUGGAGGGUCCUGCCUCCACACAUGUAUGGCAUGUGAAGGAUUGGAUGUUGAGCUUUCACUUCUGUGAUUCUAGCAGUACUGUUUGUAAAUGUUAGAAACUGGGUUGUUUCCACAAACUGCCUUUAAACUUUGGUAUCAUUAUACCUGACCCUUCUGCAUGUCCUGUCCCAGCUAUAUAAUGCAUUUAAAAGGCUAUUAUUCAGAUGUGUUUCAAAACAAGGAAACAAUUUUGAAUGCAAAAGGGGGCCUGUAGCUCACACUAAAGUACCAUCUAGUCUAGUCACCUGUUUCCCACAGUGAUUGCCAGACACUUCUAGGAAGCCCACAACGAGGCCUUCCCCAGUUGUGUCAUGUAGCCACCAUGACUAAUGACCAUUGAUAUUCCUUUUGUCUUCCAUGUGUUAUGCCAUAUUUUUUUCAAAACUGGCAAGGCAGUGGGUGGAGAUACUUGUCUAGAUUAAGUGGAUAGUAUGCUGGUGUCUAUGUUCUAACUAGGAUGGUAUUAGCAGAAAACAAAUAUAGAAUU